AAAAUGAUAUUGAAUAUCAAUAAGAAAAAGCUCUUGCUACUGUCGGUAGCGGCGACGCUAGUGAUCAUCGCCCUCGUACUCGGUCUAGUGCUCGGUUUACGUUCAAAAGAUGAUGACGAUGCCGCAGUGGCACAAGUCCGCCUCACAGGUGGUGCCGUCACAUCCAACGGCAUCGAAUGUGCUGGCAUUGGCGAGGACAUACUGCGCCGCAACGGUUCAGCCGUCGAUGCAGCCAUCGCGACCAUGUUCUGCGAAGGUGUCACCUGCCCACAAAGCAUGGGUCUUGGUGGUGGCUUCUUGGCUACGAUCUACUUCCGCGACAGCAACAAAUCGAUCGCAUUGGAUGCCCGCGAAGAGGCACCGGCUGCUGCGACACGCGACAUGUUCCUCAAUCACUCGUCGGUGGUGGGUGGACUCGCGAUUGCCGUGCCCGGUGAAUUGAAGGGAUAUUGGGCGAUGCAUCAGCGAUACGGUCGGCUUGAGUGGAAGACACUUGUCGAGCCUACAAUUCGAUUAUGUCGUGAGGGUCACUUGGUCACCGGUUACCUGGACAGGAUACUGAAAGGACGCGAGCAGCGCAUCUUGGACGAACCGACGUUGCGAGACGUUUUUAUCAACCCGCAAACGCAACAAACAUGGCGCGAAGGAGACCGUCUGAAGCGUCCUGCGUUGGCCGACACGCUGGAGGUGAUCGCGAUAGAGGGUGUCGACGCGUUGUACAGUCGAAAUGGAACACUCCUGCCGAAGCUAAUGCGCGAUCUCAAACUAUUCGGAAGCAUCAUCACCGAGGACGACUUCUACAACUAUGAGCCACGGUGGGAGGCCCCGUCACAGACCAGUAUUAGAAAGUCUAGUCAUGUCUACUCGAUCCCGCUGCCAGGCAGUGGACCCGUGCUAAACUACAUGCUUAACAUCCUCGAUAACUACGACGAUCUGCGGCAAAAUGAUCCGCUGUCGUGGCAUCGGAUCGUGGAGAGCUUUAAACACGGGUACGGCUUGCGUACCCGCCUUGGCGAUGCGCCCUUCGUCCCGGGUAUCGAGGAGGAGCUGCACAAGCUGUCCAGCAAGGCUUACGCCCAGUACAUCGCCGAAACAAUAGCGAACGAUGCGACUCACUCCGAGUACAAGCACUAUGGGGCGGAAUUUUCUUCCGAGGAGGAUCAUGGUACAGCUCAUGUCGCGGUACUCGCCCCUAACGGAGAUGCGGUGUCGAUCACGAGCACGAUUAACUAUGUCACGAUGAAACGGAGAACCAUCCUUACCCUGCUGAUCGCGGCGAUCAUCCUGACGAUCCUGACGGUCGUGUUCGUGCUGUCCACACAGGGCAAUAUUUCCAAAGAACGGCUGAGGGAAUCCGUGCGCCAUCACACCGGUGCCAUUGUUGCUAACGGUGCCGAAUGUGCGGAGAUUGGCGCUCGGAUCCUUCGUCUCAACGGAUCAGCCGCAGACGCAGCUAUAGCGACGCUCUUUUGCGAAGGAGUCACCUGUCCACAAAGCAUGGGCCUGGGCGGUGGCUUUCUGCUAACAAUAUACCAUCACCGGAAUCGCACGGUUGAAACGUUGAAUGCAAGAGAAACGGCACCAGCAGCUUCCGAGCAUACCAUGCUGAGGGACGCGACGGAACAAGGACGGGAUAAGCGAGGACUAACCGUUGCAGUGCCAGGCGAGCUAAAGGGUUACUGGGAACUACAUCAGCGGUAUGGUAAGCUUGAGUGGGCCUCGUUGGUACAACCGACGAUUGAGCUUUGCGAGCGAGGCCACCUGGUCACACCGUACCUAAGCCGAAUUUUGCAACGCGUGGAAUCUCAGAUUUACGCGGAACCAUCGAUGAGAGAGGUUUUCAUAAACCCGGCAACCAAUCGCACGUGGCAAGAAGGCGAUAAGAUCAAACGGCUUCGGUUGGCGGAAAGCUUACGAGUCGUGGCAACGGAAGGUGUUGAUAGUUUGUACAGUCGCGACGGGACAUUACUCAAAAAGCUAAUGAAAGAUCUGAAGUCGUUCGGAAGCGUUAUCGAAGUAGAGGACUUUUUGAGUUACAGGCCUCGCUGGGAGACUCCCGAUACGGUAACGUUGCAAAUGGGCGACCAGGUUCACUCCAUCGGUAUUCCCGGUAGUGGAACCAUACAGAAUUUUAUGCUGCGCAUUCUGGAUGGCUACAAGCACACAGAUCUGAAGGACCCCCUCACGUGGCACCGUAUCGUAGAAAGCAUGAAGUUUGCGUACGGUAUGCGCACGCGUGUUGGAGAUCCCGUCUUUACACCGGAAUCGAUCGCAGUUAUCCGCAACUUGACAGAUCCCCACUUUGCGGCUCACAUUCGAGAUACACUGAUCAGCGACGAGCGGACACACGACGAUUUUGCGUACUAUGGCGCUGAGUUUGCUGAUGUAGAAGACAAAGGAACUGCACAUAUAUGUGUACUGGCGCCGAACGGAGAUGCUGUAUCGGCGACAAGCACCAUAAACUAUCUACUUGGAGCCAAAAUUCGUUCACAAUCAACCGGAAUUAUACUGAACGAUGAGAUGGAUGACUUUUCUAUACCCGGUACAGUGAAUACAUAUGGUUUGCCGGCAUCGCCUGCUAACUUUAUUGCACCGCAAAAGAUUCCACUUUCCUCCAUGACACCGACGAUCGUUACCGAUCGUAAUGGCUCCGUGCGAAUGGUUUUGGGAGGUGCGGGAGGAUCUCGUAUCACUAGUGCUACGGCUGUUAUGAUCUACCGAUAUCUAGUAUUCGGAGAGGAUCUUCAUACGGUUAUGAGUGCGAAGCGCCUGCACCAUCAACUAGCACCGAUGUGGGUUGACUAUGAGGCAGGAUUUUCACCAGACAUACUCGAGGGGCUCAGGAAAAAAGGCCAUCGCGUAAAGGAAAAAACACCAGACGCUGGCUUUGCCGCUGCUACAGGCAUUGUGAAGGAUCCAAUUGAUUAUACGGUCACAGCGGCUUUUGACCCACGACGUGGUGGUAGUUUGGAGCUAGUAGAAGAGUGAUUAGGAGGAAGAUUUAAAAAAAAACAUGUUUAAAACGCGUUCAUGGCAUUCCACGUAUUUGUAGAAUACACCAGAAAUAA